CGGGGCAACACCGCUCCGUCCGCGUCGCGGCCACGUCACGCUAUCGUGAGGAGUGCAGUGAUUGUUCAAAUAAGUGCUACACGUUCAUGCAUGCCUGGUACUUUAAUUAAUUAUGAGUUGAAACGUGAAGGGGCGUGAUGCGUCUUCUGUGAUGUUCACUCUAAUAUGCAGUGGGACGGCCUCUACUUCGUGUGUUUAGCAUUAUGCUGCCUACAUACUGCCUCUGAGCCACUGCGAUUUCCCGAGGACUACCGCUCGAAUGGUGUCAGGCGGAGACGGAGCGAUGACAAGGACAGCCUGGCGCUAUCCAGGGAGAUAUUUAGGAACAUCACCAAACACCUCCGGGAGAAUAUCAGGAGGGAAGGCGCCACGGACAGAAACGAACAUUUGUUACAGAAUAGGAUAGAAGAACCCCGUUACAAUGCUCCGUACCAGAGCUACCAUGACCACCACCACGAGCACCACUGGGGGCCAUACUUCGAAGACGAGAAGUACAUGGAAGUGACGGCCCAUGUGGGCUCUGAGGCCUUGCUAAACUGCAGGGUGGUGAUGCUCAAAGAUAAAACGGUCAUGUGGUUACGGAACACCACCGACUCAGCGACGCUGCUGACGGUUGGGCCGUCGCCAUACACCGGUGACAGCCGGAUAGCUGUCAAGUUCCAGUACCCAAACAACUGGAGGUUAAGCCUCAACCCGGUGACGAGGACCGACGCCGGGAACUACAUGUGCCAAAUAUCCACGCACCCACCAAGAACUAUAUUCGUUAAUUUAACUGUACUACCUCCAGUUUUAACAAUAUACAGCGACCAAAAUCACGAAGUGAAAGACCGGUUCUACAAGGCCGGGAGUUCAAUCAAACUGUCUUGCAUCAUAUCAGAAGAGUUUAUUACCAGUUUGCCGGUAAAAGUGUCGGCGACCACCCUCCCUCCCCCUACCACCACCACGCCGUUAACAACAACAACGGAGUUGACAACUAGAAUGAGUACAGUAUUCAAUAGAAUAGAUUUAAUGAUGAACAAAAGUUGGAGUGUUGAAACGACGACUAUCACCUCCACAGUCAGCAUUAGUACCACGAAAGUGCCGGAGUUAACCAGCACUUUGAAAACGAUUGCGAAACCCACUGCUCCGCCUGUAGUGAAUAAUAUUUAUGGGCUAGCGUGGAAAAAGCAAGGAAAAGACUACUUAGAUAAUGUUACUUUCCGCAACAUGAGCGCCACAAUCAGUGUGGCAUCUGCAUCACAAAAUGACAGCGGGGUGUAUACUUGCCUCCUCCAAAAUCACUCGCAAGUCGUCGUGAACGUUCAUGUUCUGAUUGGUGAGAACCAAGCCGCUGUGCACCACGACACCUGGAACAAAGGAACGCUUUUUUGGCAACCACAAAACAUUUGCUUGAUAUCCGCAGUAGCUUUCCUUUUAUAUUUCACUUGAAAUCAUUCAAAUUCUGAGACAAAAUCUUGUUUUAUAUCCUACCAAAUAUUGGCCAAGGCACCAAGCCCAAGUGGGGAAAAUGUUUUAAUAUUAAUGACUAUAAUGACCAUUGUGAGAUUAGCUUUUCCAUUAACUUUACAGCGAUUUUACACACUGCUAUACGGUAUACAAAAUCUUAUACGUCGUAAACUGUAUCAUACUCGAGUAAUACCUACUCAUUCCCAUUCAGUCCCGGCUCUUACAAUGCCACAAAAUAGAAUAUGGGACAAAACAAGGCUAAUAAAGAAACAUAAGAGAUUGGGUAUACGUGGGUAAGCAUCUUUUAUUCAAGGAAUUGGUGACGCGGAAUGAGUAUGAAUGUAUGACGUAGGUAAUUUACAAAUCAUGCCUAUGAUUACAUUUUGUUUGACAGAGAUUCUGAAUAAAAAACUGAAAUAUUUCAAACUGUUUGCUCCCUUUUAAUUGAUUAGCAAAUUACUUGAAUGUUCUCUAUAUUUGUGUAAUAAAUUGUUUAUUUGCAAUUCAUACUUUUAUGACUCGUUAUUUAGAUGACGAAAUGUACUUUGUUCCAAAAAUACUUUUAAUUUAUUGAAAGUUUAUUAAAACGAACGAACGUUUGCCAAAAUUACACCACACAUAGUGUGUUUAGUUGUAAGCAUACCGUUUAUUAUUAUUACUCUUAGUUAAGACUAAUUUUAAUAAUAAUUAUGUAGAUUGUACAUAAUUACUUUAGGAAAUAAAAAAGAAAUAAUAAUUUUCUUCGUAUAAGAUGCAUUUAUGUACUAGUUGAACAAUAUACAUAAUAUACUUGUAUUUUAAUACAAAUUGUACAGGCUACGAUUCUUGUUCUAAGAAUAGAUAAUUUUCUUGUUUGUAACAUAAAUACAUAGGAGGUUACAAAGGCGAAGCCAAAUAUAUAGGUAGAUACUUAAAUCUUUAAGAUAUUUUAUAUGUUGUUGCACAUUUUUGUUAAUAUUACACAAAUUUCUCAUCUGUAUACAGAAAAAGACUAUGUUAA